GCGUGGGACGACUCUAUCCGACGAACCUCGACGGCACGCCGGGCGACGACGCGGAGGCACCGUUCGUGACCUAUGAGUUUCAAACCAGUGUCCCGAUCAAGACAUCACCCGACCCGCACUUCCCCCAACCGACCGACGGCCGAAGCGCCGGAAGCGCUGAUCGACCCGAACGGAAGUAUCUUAUUUCCGGAAGUACUUCCGUACGUCGAACGAAGAGCUAGAACGCCGACACGCGUCAUCCUUAUAAAUAAAACAAACUCUGCUCGAAAGGUCAUCCGAAGUUGCGACGCAGGGUCAUAUAUGCUGUUGUAUACGUCUGUCAAGAUUUACAGAUAGAUUUUCAUAACUUCUCGAGCUAUGGAUGAACUUUCUCUACGAAACGAAAGAUUUCAGGUGAGUCGCCAUCUGAUCCUCGGUUGCUCACCGCUAGCUGGAAUCUAUAGAACCAUACCCGAACAUGAGGCCUAUCAAACCAUCCGAACUGCUCUCGACCUCGGUUUUUUGGAUCUUGAUACUGCACCGCAUUACGGUCUCGGGCUUUCCGAAACUCGACUUGGUCGAGCAGUAGCAAUGUACGGUUCCCACAGUUCAAUACGAAUAUGGAGUAAGGUUGGUCGCGUUAUUAAGUCUGUUGCCGAGGUUGCAGUCCAGGACAGACCUAGAAUUGAGCAUAGCAACAUACAGGGAAAUGUUGGCUGUAUAUUCCCGAAUACCCCUGUUGGCGUCGUCCCUGUGCUUGACUACAGCAGCUUAGGAGUGAGUUGCUCUCACGAAGACAGCCUCAGGCGACUCGGGACUGCAGCAGUACAUGGGCUCAGAGUGCAUGAUGUUGAAGAUGAGACGUCAUUUAUCCAUGCCAUGGCAAGCGGCGGUGCUAUUGAUGAGCUGCUGCGUUUACGCGAAAGUGGAGUCAUUAAAAACGUGAGCCUAGGUAUGAAUGAUCCAGCCUAUACGAUGCGGAUGAUACGUGGUAAGCCCAGAGGCACUUUUGAUUCUAUUAUGCUCGCUGGUGCGUGGAACUUACUGGACCAGGACGGGUUUGAAGUUUUGCUGGAGUGUCAGCGUAGGGAUAUCAAGGUCCACGUCGCCGGGAUUUUUGCGAGUGGAAUCCUUGUUGGGGGAUCAACAUAUAAGUAUGACGUUGCAUCACCCGAAAUUAUAAGACGGCGUGAGCUUUGGAGUGAUUUGGCAGAUACUUUUGGAGCUCCGCUACCUGCUGUUGCUAUCGCGUUUGCUCUGCUGCCAGCUAUCGUCGAGAAGGUCGCUGUAGGUGUGAAAUCAGCAGAAGAAGUACACGCGACUGUCCAUUGGCUGGAAUCUGCUUCGAGAUUAAAUCCACAGCUAUGGGUAGAAGCAAAGCAGAGAGGACUGCUUUCAGUUAAUAUUCCAGUGAACAAGUGAAGGUAAAAGUUUAGGUUCAGACUACUCGUACGAGAACGUGGUUUCAGUAACGUUCUCUCCGCCUUGCGAACUAGUACUUCUAGGGGCUGCUCACAUUGUGGUUCCUGUAGAACACAUGUUUUACAGUGCGCGCUUUUGUUAACCACAUCAUUUGCUUGGAAACAAGCUGCUCAUUAACCUAAAUAGUUCGAAAGGUUCAGUGGAUUUGUUUCGGAAUUCUAAGUACAGCAACUGGCUGAAAUACCUAUCCAUUGUUUUAUGGCUGGUUUGCCUGCAAGUACUUAGCUUUGUGGAUACUUGGCAAAAACGCGAUGCACUACGAAGGUAAAUAUAUUUCCAUGGUCUAAAUAUGUAGAUCUUUCAUUCAUAUGAACAAUAGAAUUUGUCUUAAGAGCUUAGUUCUCUGUGCUCUAUAGUUCUCUGCGUAAACUUCAAAAAAUACAAUACCACCUAUCAGCGAAUAUUCCAGCUGAAAAAUGUGUGUGCUUC